AUGAAUCAAUGCACUCUAAUUAGAUUUGGUCGUCAUAUCGCCGAUAACGAUAAUAAUAAUAAUAGUGGUAGUAGAGGUGGCGGUGGUGGUGGUGGUGGUUGUAGUAGUCAUUUGAGCGGAAUCGUCGGGGUUAAAGAUAUAACAGAGGGUAACAUCAUUUGGCGACAACUUUUCGCAGAAUUUUUAGGAACAUUUUUUUUGGUACUUCUCGGAUGCGGAAGUACUAUUUCCGGUUGGCCCGAAUAUUCACCUUCAAUGCUUCACAUAGCGUUAACGUUCGGUUUGGCCGUAGCAACCAUGGCACAGGCGAUCGGUCACGUGAGCGGAUGCCACAUAAAUCCGGCGGUUACCUGCGGCCUUUUCAUAACGGGCGACGUCAGUGCAUUAAAAGGAAUAUUUUACGUCGUCGUACAAUGUGUUGGCGCCGUUUGCGGAUCUUUCAUACUCAAGAUCAUAACACCGACGGAAACUGCGGGUUCUCUCGGUUUGACGACCGUUAACGAACUCAUAAGUCCCGUCGAAGGGAUGCUCGUCGAGGCUUUGAUAACUUUUGUAUUAGUGCUCGUCGUACAAUCGGUUUGUGACGAAAAAAGGACCGACAUAAAAGGAUCCGUACCUCUUGCCAUCGGUUUAACCGUCGCUUUGUGUCACCUCGCUGCGAUAAAAUACACGGGUGCCAGCAUGAAUCCGGCAAGAACUUUCGGACCUGCCGUCGUCAUAGGUUCUUGGGAAAAUCAUUGGGUGUAUUGGGCAGGUCCGAUUUGCGGAGCCAUACUCGCCGGAGUCGUUUAUAGGCUCCUUUUUAGAGUUCGAAAAGAAGACGAAGCAAAUUCAUACGAUUUUUGA